CCGCUGCAUCGCAUAUUCGGCGCAUAUUUUUUGUCGUGUUGUUUCCGUUGUUUCUCGUUCAUUCUAAUACAAAAUUUUAUGUUCUAUUGACAAAAUUGAUCCAGUUUUGAUGCUGAAGUGAUUAAUGAAUCGUACAAGAAAGCAGCAGAAUAAUGCCCAAUGUUAUACUGAAAUCCGUCGAAAGCUUCAGCAGUGAAGAUCCGAACUUCCCCGCUUCAAACCUCCUGGCCAAGGAAGCGCGCAAAUGGAAGUGUCGUGAAGCAGGCGAGAAGAGCGCCUCCGUGGUGUUGCGUCUCGAAAAGCCACUGACCAUCCACGGGAUCGAUGUGGGAAAUGAACACUCGGCGUUCAUUGAAGUGCUGGUGGCGCGCAGUGGACCUACGAAUCCCGAAUUUAAAGAAAUAUUGCUGAUGUCUUCGUUCAUGACUCCGAUCGAGAGUAGAAAUUCGACUAGUAGCAAUCGUGUGAGGUGUUUUACCGCUAGUGCUUUGGUGGAACCGGUUGCACGGGAACAAUGGGACCUGGUGAAAAUUAUCUGCACACAACCGUUCAAUAGCCGAGUGCAGUAUGGGGUUGCGUUCGUGACCCUUCAUACGGCAAAUGUGGAGAAGAAGCACGAUAAACCGCUGGUCCCGGAAAAGUUUAAGAAGCAGAUCCAGGAGGUGAUUCGUACACAGGAACAGCCCAAGGUAAUGAAGUUGGGUAGGUUUACGAUUCGGGAGGAAUCACCGGACUCACCGGAUGAGGGUAAUAUUUCGGCAUCGGCACUUUUUAAUCGCUGGAAAGAGAGCCGAACGGGAUUGGCAAGUCCGAAAGCAGCCAACAGCUCGACGAAAACGAGUGUUUUGUCAACUGCGGCUGCAAUCCGGAAUGCAUCGACCCCGGCUGGAGUUAGAAAUAGACAAUCCACUCCGGUGGUCAACAAAAAGCCGGUUUCGAUAACACCCAAGACGAAACCUCGGCUGUUUGAUGAUGAUGAUGAUGGUGAAGACGACGCUAAGUCGCUCAAUAGGAAUCGUGAAUCACUUUUAUAUGAUAAGGAUGACGAUAAACCUAACGAAAAGUUGGAGAAGAAAAUAGCUGAAGAUCGUGCUCGUCAACAACGGGAAAAGGACGCAAAAGUGGAGAAAGAAAAACGAGAUCGGUCACUUUCGGAGAAGAAAGGAAAAACCCACGAUUCGUCGGCACCGAAGUUCAAAGACUUUUUGUUCGAUGAUCCACCUGUGAGCAAAAAUCACUCGUCUGAGAAGAAGUCCAAAGAAUCGAGUGCGUCCGAGGACAAGCGACAUCGGUCUAGAUCUCCACAGGCGAAUGGUUCAUCCCCGGAUAAACAUCAACGGAAGCGGCGUGACUCAAAGGAAGAUGACCACCGGGAAAAGAAGUCAUUUUCUGAUGCGAGACAAAAGCGGCCAUCUGAAUCACCAGCAACAACAAAAAAUCAACCGUCGAGCAGUGGUAAAGAAAGAUCUGCCAGCAAGAGACCAAAACUGCAGUUUAGUGACGACGAAGAGGAAGCUCGGGAAAAAAGCAAACGUAAACCGGCGACCUACAAGCCAUUUAACAAACUGUUGGAGAAUGUUGUCCUGGUCAUCAGUGGCAUACAGAACCCUGGUCGAGCUAAUCUGCGAAACCAAGCGAUCGCAUUGGGAGCCAAAUACAAAUCCGACUGGGAUCCAAGCUGUACUCAUUUAAUCUGCGCUUUCAAGAACACGCCAAAGUACAACCAAGUGCGUGGCAAAGGUAAAAUUAUAAAGAAAGAUUGGAUCGAACGGUGCCAUGCGCUGCAGAAGCGUCUUUCGUGGCGUAAGUUUGCCCUGGACUCAAGUGAAGCAGAGCAAACGGAUUCCGAGGGCGAAAUUGUCGACAUUGCCAACAAACCAAGUCCUACUGGGUCCAGGGACAAAACCAAGGAAAGCAAAGGGCAUGUUCGAGAAACAGACGAAGAAGCACUGGCUCAUUACGAUCUGGAUGAUGUAGAGCUGGUGGAGAAUCCGAAACCGGACACAGUUGAGAUUUCCGGAUCGGAUACGGAAGAGGAGAUCGAGCGAGUGAAACAGAAGAAGCAAACCAAGGAGACGGGCGCAAUGUACGAUAAGAGUACCGAGGACGAAGGCCAAAACGGCAAUGCAGACGCUUUCGCCCCUUUGGAAUUCUUUAAAGGGAAAACAUUCUUCGUAGAUCCCGAAAUCGGUGCCGUUGACAUGAUCAAGCUGGAACGUUACAUUCAAUUGUAUAAAGGAACUGUGGCCAAAACACCAGCAGAAGCAUAUUACAUUGUGACACGUAACAAUAAGCCCAUGGGUGAGAAUUUCAAAGGUGAACUAAUUAAACCCCUUUGGGUCUACGAAUGCCACGACAUGGAAUGUCUCAUCCCUUCUCAACGGUAUCGACCAUAACGGAGCACAAGGUAACUAUUGCUCGUUUUCCACGUUCUCUAUUUAUUAAAUUAUCGGUUCAUUUUAAUCAAUACAAAAGUUAGUGCGAAACUCAAA